AUGCAGACUCUAUCUUGUCGUGUCGCGCGAUCGUGCAGCACAUCCAUUCCACGAACUUCCUUCCGCGACUCGCUCAGUCCGUGCGAGUCGCUAUCGUCCCAGGGCCUGACGGCUCUGCUCCCCUCCUCACGCUCGCGCAUCGACCAUUCUUUCCGCGUGACGAACCCGUCGCGGCGACGAGUUAGGGUUUCCGCGUCGUGGAAGUCCGGCAAGCCCAAGGUCAAGGCCAAGGCCGGCAAGUCCAAGGGCGCCGCGGCGUGGCAGUCUGCCUACAGCCAAGCGUCGCGGAAGGGCAAGAGCGGUGAUCAAUCGCGGCGCAGACAGCGGGGCCGGCGCGGAGGCAGAGGGCCGAGCGAGGGGGAUAACGAUGGCAACGGCACGCUUGCGUACGGGCGGGGGGCAGGGGCUGGAGCGGAGGCGGCGGGGGUGGGUGACGUGUCGUCGUCGGCGUCGUUCGCGUUCUACCAUGCGGGGCUGGGCGGCAUGCCCAUCGCGGCGGAGCUGGUGAGCGCGCCGCUGAGCGCCAAGAGCGGCGGCGCGGAGGAGGCGCUGCAGUCGCCGGAGAACCUCGCGAUCCCUGCAAAAGGUGGCCUCGAGGACGCGGAAGCCUCAGUCGCCGCCGUGGACAGCGCGGCGGCGGCAAGCAACGCGCUGCAGCUGCUGUCAGGGGCGUGCGUGCUGCCGCAUCCCGACAAGGCGCACAGAGGCGGCGAAGACGCCUUCUUCAUCCUCGACGGCGCUGCUGUUGGUCAGUGCUGCCCCUCUCUCGCUCUCAUUACUUUCUCACACCCCUUCUCAAAUCCAUACUGCAGUUCUUCAUGCUCUUUCUCCCCAUCCGCUCACCCCUCUCACCCUCUCACCCUCAUUCCCCUCUCUCUCCCCGCUCUUUCCCCCUUCUCCACGCACACCCCGUUCCGGCGAGCAGGAGUGGCGGACGGGGUGGGGGGGUGGGCGGAGAUAGGCGUGGACGCGGGGCUGUACGCGCGGGAGCUGAUGGGGCACGUGCAGCGCGCCGUGGAGGACGAGCCCAAGGGCGGCGCGGACCCCAUGCGCGUGCUGGAGAGGGCGCACAGCAGCACCGCCAGCUACGGCUCCUCCACCGCCUGUGUCGCCGUGCUGCAAGCCGACCAACUGCAGGCGGCGAAUCUGGGCGACAGUGGGUUUCUGAUCAUCCGGCACGGGCACGCCAUAUUCAAGUCGCCCUCGCAGCAGCACGACUUCAACUUCCCCUUCCAGCUCGGCAGCGAGGGCGGCGACUCGCCCCUCUCUGCUGAUGUCUACUCUCUCCCCGUGGCCCCAGGAGACGUGGUGGUGAUGGGAACGGACGGGCUCUUCGACAAUGUGUUCGACAACGAGGUCUCCUCCCUCGUCUCCCACGCGCUCCUCCGCGGCCUCUCCCCCCAGUCCACUGCGGAGCACCUCGCUGCCCUGGCCCGCGACCGCGCUCUCGACCGCUUCCGCCUGUCGCCCUUUGCACGUGCGGCACAGGAGGCGGGGUAUCGGUACAUUGGGGGAAAGCUGGAUGAUAUCACUGUCGUGGUGUCGUAUGUGACUGAGGGGAAAUAG